AUGACGACACCCACACCACUGGUCAAUAACACCCAGCUCUCGGUAAACGUGACUACAAAGUCUCAAGAACAAAGCCUCUAUCAGAGCUCUGGAGCCAUAGUUGCUGCCAUCGUAGUAGGAGUGAUUAUUAUUUUUACAGUGGUUCUGCUCAUACUGAAAACAUAUAACAGACGCAUGAGAGUGAAACGGGAGCUGGAGCCCAAACCCACCAAAGCAGCAAUGCCGCCUGCAUUAGGGCAACCCAGCCACAGCCUGCCUCAGCAUCCCACGGUGACCUUCAUACCUGUGGACAUCCACAUGCAGAACAG